CACUAAGAGGACGCAGCGGCUCCAUGUGUGUUGAGGCGCAUUAUUUGGCAACAGACGCGGCAGCGGGGAGGGCCGAAAAAAAGAGGAUAUCCCCAGGAUUUCAAAAAAAGCAACGAUUUAUCGAGGUUAAUUGCAGAUUAAACGUUCCCUCUUCGACCAUCGGGGAAGAACGGGCGACAAAGCUUCAAAGCGAUGUCUGAGGAGGCUGUCCGCCAGACUCGCAGCCAGAAGAGGGCGCUGGAGAGGGAGGCUGCCUCACAAUCUGUGGACCUCUCCAAUGCUGACUACGAAAGCAAAAAACCUAAAUUGGAAUCUUCUGAGCCAUCGUCAGGGGCACAAACUAAACCCAAGCCAGACCUUUUGCUGGCACAGGACGCUCAGAGCCGGACUAGACCUGGAUCCGAUGCUGAAACGGAACCGGAGCCAGAGAAGAGCCGAUUGCCGUUACCUUUAGUGUCACCCCUGACUUCAAAAGACGAUUGUGAUCGGACACAGAGACACCAGACGACUGAGUCCGGCUCAGACAAUCGAAUUCACUGCAAUGACAGACAAAGGAUGGAGCCAGCUGUGGAGCCUCGAAGCCGGCUCCGGCAGACUGAGGCUAAGACCUCAGGUGGGACGCUCGCUGCGGGCGAGGUGAAGGCAACGAUCAAAGUGGAGGUUCAGACCGAGCAGCCUGUGGACAUGAGCACCAGCAAAGGCAUAAAAAGGGAGAAACGCCCACCGUCCCCUGAAGACGACGACGACGAUGUCAUCAUCUUGUCUGAUAACGACUCCCCUAGUCCACCGAUGAAUGGCCUGAGCCACUUUAAGGAGCUGGACACUGACCUGCUCAUGAGGAGCAGCCCUGUGGAAAGAGAGCGUAUCAUCAAGCAGCUGAAAGAGGAGCUAAGACUAGAGGAGGCCAAGCUGGUGCUGCUGAAGAAGCUUCGACAGAGCCAAAUACAGAGGGACACUCUGCAGAAGCCCUCAGGUUUAUCUGGUUCCUCUGCUCCUCCUCCUCUAAUCCGAGGAACAAUUACCAGCAAUAAAGGCUCUCAGCAGAUUCUGACAGGAAGAAGCUCGGGGACAGUGAUCCCUCCUCCUCUGGUCAGGGGAGGACAACAGCUGUCGUCCAAACAUGGCUCCCAGAUCAUAAUGCCACCUCUGGUUAGAGGGGCACAGCCCAUCUCUGUUUCUCCACAGCAGAUCCACGCUCUACGCCAGCAACAACAGCAGCAGCAGUUGGCAGCAACAGGAGGAUCAGGGCCUCCUCCUCUGCUGCUGGGACCGAGGAACUCUGGAACCUCAUCCCAAGGACAGAGAGGCAUGGUCCAGUCAGGCCUCAUCCGGGUGGGCAACAACACAAACUCACUGGCCUCGCCAUCCGGUGUGAAGGGCUCCUCCUUAGGAAGUGGAGGUGUUUCUGUGGUCAGCAUGAACGACUCUCCAGCUAGCCGCCAUGCUGCAGCUAAACUGGCCCUUAGGAAACAGCUGGAGAAGACCCUGCUGGAGAUCCCCCCACCCAAGCCACCUGCACCAGAGUUCAACUUCCUGCCCUCUGCAGCCAAUAAUGAGUUCAUCUACCUGGUGGGACUGGAGGAGGUGGUGCAGAACCUACUUGAUACUAUCCACAGAGGAAAAAUGGGUGUGCCGCUGUCCAAGCAAGUUGUCAGAGACCCUUUCAUUUGCACUCAGUGCAAUACUGACUUCACCUGUCGCUGGAGGCAGGACAAGGCUAAAGGCGGGGCUGUACUCUGUGAAGACUGCAUGUCGUCCAAUCAGAAAAAGGCUUUGAAAGCCGAGCACACCAAUAGGCUGAAAGCAGCAUUUGUCAAAGCACUGCAGCAGGAGCAAGAAAUAGAGCAGCGUAUUAUUCAGCAGGCGUCCUCACCGGUCUCCCACAGUACCUCAUCAUCCGCCUCAUCUGCUGCUUCGGCACUGAAAGCAGAGCAGCUGGUGUCUCAGCAGCUGAAGCAGGCUCAGGCCAGAGUGUCCUCCCUCCAGCACCACCACCAGGCCAGCAGGGGAGGCAACAUUCUCCAUCAUCACUCCAUUAAGCAGAGCUCGCAGGGCCACCUGUCCCAUGUCUCAUCCGUGGGGGUGAGGGGCGUCCCCCACUCGUUCUCCUCCUCUUCGCAGCUGCAGAGCGCAGUGGCGGCCGCAGCUCUGGUUAGCCGGCCAGGUAAGCAUGCCCAUGUUUCCCACCGCUCUGUCCAGAGUUCAAAGGUGAGCAGCAGUGGGAUCGGCGGCGGCAGGAAUGUCAGCGGAGGUAGUGCCUCAUCAGCUGCAUGGAAGAAGCAGAACAGCAGUAAUGCAGGAGUAACUAUGGCCUAUGUGAACCCAAGCCUGACUGGUCACAAGAGCUCGGCCACCCCCGGCGCCCGUCACAGGGAGUACCUGCUGGACAUGAUCCCCUCCCGCCCUUCAAUCUCGCAGACUGCAAACACGUGGAAAUAAGUGAAUAAACGGUGCUCUGCUGUCCAGAGGUUGUGUCAAAGCUGCUCAGCUCUGAUAGUUUGGUCCACAGCGCCCCCACAGGACUGUUAAGCAAUUACAAUCUCUCAAAGUGAAGAAACGUUCCUGAAAUCUCUUUGUAAGAUUUUAUCUUUUAGUUUUCAUUAUUCUUGUUGUUUAUUUUGAAGUUCACGCUGUUGUUUUGAUAAAUAUGCACAAACCAUUUUGAGUGGGUCAAAGACAAAAAGAAAAAAAAAAGCAAAAUAAAAUCAUACUUGAAGGGCUUCCCCUUGGUUCUGUCCUCCAGACCGAGCAGAAAAGUUGUUAAAAGAUCUGCUGUUAAAGGAAGUACUGAGUUUUAGGGUUAACAACCCUUUCUGCCAUCAUGGUGGUCAGAUGAACCUUUAUUUUUGACACUUGAAUGGUUCUAAUUAUAACCCAGGAGUUCACAUUAAACGAAAGACACAUUUAUUUUAGGUAAAGGUAAAAUCAGCAAGUUGUAAAAUGUUCAUUACAUCCUCUUUGUGUAGGUAAAGCUUUCAAUUUACGUUGUAUUUACAGUAAGUUAUUUUGUUCUUGACUGAUGUUUAAAAAAAUCGCUGAGUAUGACAGUGGUUUCCGCUGAUAAGGACUUUAUUUUAGCUUUGUUUUUGUUGUUUUUUUUUUUCUCCCAGUUUAACAGCAUGGCUAUCCAUACGCCUGUUUUGCACCUUAGCAGAAGAAGCGCGGUGUCAUUGCUUAACUCAUCUGUAAUUACCAUUUACUUAUUUUAUAUUAUUGUCAACAUUGUAAGAUUUUGAUGUCAUCAUUGCAAACUCAGAGACAGAGCUGAAUUUUCUGCACUGGAUCCAGAGCUUUUUGCCUUCAGUGAAUCAGUAUCCAUGACCCUGGGUGGACGUUGCCCUUUCUGGGUUCAUGUAAGGAAGGGUCUCCUAGCUACCAGGACUCUGGACUAAACAUUCAGAAUACCACACCAUCAUGGAUCAUUUCUCUGCUUUCCAUAAUCUUUUAUUGUAUUGUUCAGAAUUAUGUUAAAGUUUAUUUGGUUUACCUUUUCCUAGUUCCUAAAGAAAUAAAAAAAAUAUACAUUUUAAA